AUGUUAUGGAGGUUCUCUCAAAAGUCCCUGAGGUUCAGACUGCCGAUCCCUCGCCCCGGGGAGGUUCUGGGUCUCGUCGGGACCAACGGGAUCGGGAAAUCCACGGCUCUGAAGAUCCUCGCUGGAAAACAGAAACCAAACCUGGGCCGGUUCGAUAAUCCUCCCGACUGGCAGGAGAUCCUGACGUACUUCAGAGGCUCGGAGCUGCAGAAUUAUUUCACCAAAAUCCUGGAGGACGACCUGCGGGCCAUCGUCAAACCGCAGUACGUCGACCAGAUCCCCAAAACCGUCAAGGGGUCAGUAGGCUCCAUCCUGACCAGGAAGGACGACACGGAAACACAAACCAUCGUCUGCAAACAGCUAG